AUGGAAGCUGCCUAUAGCAUGCCCUUUGUCUGUUAUUCAUGCCAAGGCCAAGGUCCAACUACGGUUCCACAAAACUACUAUUUUGCCAACCAUAAUGGUUAUAAUGCAUCUAAUUACCCUCCUCCUCCUCCUCCUCCUGCUGCCUAUGGAUGUAGGACAUAUAACCAAUGCUCUUAUCCUCAGCCUUUGCAACUCAUGACUCCACCACCACCACCUCCAUUGACCCCUCCUUCUUCCUUUGGCAACAAGAGGGCUGUGAUAAUUGGCAUCAGCUAUGGCCAUCAGACUAACAGUAUCAAAGGUUCUCUGAAUGACGCUCAGUGCGUGAAGAACUUUCUCAUUAGCAAGGCUUUCCCUACUGAUUCCAUGUGGAUCCUCACAGAUCACCCGGGGGAGAGAAACCCAAUGAGAAUUCCGACAAGAUAUAACAUUCGAAUGGCAAUGAGGUGGUUGGUUGAGGGUUGCAGAUCAGGGGACUCGUUGUGGUUUUACUACUCUGGACAUGGAUCGCAGGAAGAAGACACCGACAUGGAUGAGCUUGAUGGAUAUGAUGAAGCAAUAUGCCCCGUUGAUUACGUGCAUGAGGGUAAGAUAAUUGACGAUGAAAUCAACGCCACAAUCGUUAGGCCUCUCCCCCAUGGUGCCAAACUUCAUGCCCUUGUUGAUACUUGCUUUAGUGGCACAAUUCUUGAUUUACCAUUCAUGUGCAGAAUGAACCGAAAAGGUCAUUAUGGCUGGCAAGAUCAUAGAAAUCGCAGAACUUACAAAGGCACCAGAGGAGGGUUAGCAGUUUGCAUUUCAGCUUGUGAUGAUGAUGGAAGUGCAGCAGAUACAUCGGCCUUUAGCGGUGUGGAAAGCACUGGUGCUUUGACUUUCAGUUUCAUCCAAGCCAUGCAAAAUCAAUCUAAUUUGACUUAUGGCAACUUGCUUAAUUCCAUGCGCUCUACAAUCCGUGGGGCUAAAGAGAGAACGUUUGGUCCAACCGAUCGACAGUUUUCCAUGAACACUCGCCUGCAGUAUGUUCAUGAGCCACAACUGUCGUCUUCUGAGAUGUUUGAAAUUUAUUCAAAGACAAUUGUAAUUUGA